AUGGAUGAUAAUUUCGUAAAAACAAUCUGGCCUUAUGAAGAAGUGGAGUUUAUGGUAGUUGACUCUGAGGGUAGUGCAGGAGGCCUCAUAAGUAUUUGGAAGCCACAAGUCUUCAAGCUUCAGGAUUGUUGCAGUAGCAAAAAUUUCAUUAUUCUAUCAGGUAUGUCUACUAAUAAUUUUCAGUGCACUCUGGUGAAUAUUUAUGCUCCUAAUGAGGUUAUAAGGAGGAGACAACUGUGGGAUUCUCUGGUGAGGAUUCAGCAACAUUUUCCAAACCCGUGGUGUGUGGGAGGGGAUUUUAAUGAAAUAAGAUACAUGGGGGAGAGGAAAGGUUGUUCAUCUAGAGAAAGAGGGAUGAAGGAUUUUAAUGAGUUGGUGGAAAAAUUGGAAUUAACAAAUAUGCCUUUGCUUGGAAGGCAGUAUACUUGGUGCAAUGCUCUGGAUGGGAAUAGGUGGAGUAGGAUUGAUAGAUUUCUGUUAGACUUGAAGUGGAUGGAAAAGUUUUCUUUUAAGCAAUGGGGUCUACCUAGGUCAAUUUCUGACCACUGUCCAAUCUUGAUUAAGGAGGAUGAUAGGGAUUGGGGUCCAAAACCUUUUAAAUUUAUAAAUGCCUGGUUAUCUCAUAAAUCAUUCAUGUCAGAAGUCAAAAAGAGGUGGGAGGAAGCCCAAGUUCAAGGGUGGGCGGGGUUUAGAGUGAUGAAAAAACUGAAUAUGCUUAGGAGUCACUUAAGGGUGUGGAAUAAGGAGGUGUUUGGCAAUAUAGACACUCAGUUAAAGGCAGCAGAGGAGGAGCUACAUGAAUGGGAUUUGAAGGCAGAGUCUAGGUCCCUUGAAGUUCAGGAACUCAAGCGAAGAAGAGAAGUUAGAAGCCAGGUGUGGCAGCUCAGUAGGAGUAAGGAAAGGUUAUGGCUUCAAAAGUCUAGACAGGUAUGGGCUCUCUCGGGGGAUAAAAAUACUAGGUACUUUCACAUUAUGGCCAGUAGAAGACAGAGGAAAAAUUUGUUAGACUCUGUUGUUGUGGAGGGUCAAAGGGUGGAGGAUCCAGUGCAGGUGAAACAAGAAGUAGCUAGGCAUUUCCGUGUGUUGUUCUCUGAGGAUUGGCCUUUUCGAUAUCUAAGAAAGGGAUGA